CUUGGGACGUUGCCAUUUUGUUUAUUUUAUUCGUGGCGUUUUGGAUAAAAGCGCCACAAAAUUGAGUUAACUGUUUGCAUAACGACAGCGUUUUAACUAAAACUGUUUGCGUUUAGUGGCGUUUUGGAAAUAAAUGCCGCAAAUAGAUUAAGUUUUAUACGAAAAUGGCGUUGUUUUAUUUCCUGCCAUAUUAUACCUAAAACCUUACCCGAAAUCCCCAAAUUUCCCCCAUUUCCCCCAAUUCCAAAUUUCAGUAAAUCCCUAACCCUUUCAUUUUGCACCUUUCAAAAAUCAACCAUUCAAUCCGCCGUUGAACAGACCGAGCCAACCACCUGCUUUGCAAACAUCUCCUCUACUGCAUCUCCGUCACCGUCGGUCUCCGCUGCCGUCCUCAUCGACUUCAAGAAUUAAGAUAUGGACCGGUCUUGGAUGAAUUUGUCAAGGGUAAGCGACGGUUAUCGAAAUGGAGUACAGACUUUUCUAAAUUUUGCAUUUCAAUAUGCAAGCCAAGAGAACAUGAUUCUUUUCCCAUGUAAAAAGUGUGUCAACAUAAACUGGCAUUAUCGUGAAGUUGUAUACGAGCAUUUAAUUGUUGAUGGGUUUGUUCGAGGUUAUAAACAAUGGAUUUUUCAUGGAGAAUGCCCGCCUAGUACUUCCUCUUCAAAGAUGGAUGUAUCUUAUGAUGGUACUGCUUACCAUCAGUCUGUUAGAGGGGAUGACAUGGAAGGGAUGUUGCGGGAUGCAUUUAAUAUGCACCAUCAUGGUUUGCAGUCGUUCCCAGCCGACUUUGUGGCAGCUGAUGAUUGUAAUCUUGGUGGAAAUUCUUUUACCGAAUCGGGAAGAAGUGUAUCUCAUGAAGAGCCGAAUGGAGAAGCGGUGAAGUUCUAUGCACUACUUAAUGACAUGAACGAAGAACUUUAUAAGGGAUCAAAAUUUUUAAAAAUGUCAUUUUGUAUUCGUCUUUUUCAGUUAAAAUGUUUGGAAGGGUGGACUGAAAACUCUUUGACAAUGCUGUUAGAGUUUUUGAGAGAUAUGUUUCCGUUUAAAAAAAUUCCUCACUCAUGUAAAAAUAUGAAGAAAAUGAUAAAAGAUUUAGGUCUUGGGUACAACAAAAUUCAUAGUUGCCCAAAUGACUGCAUGUUGUAUUGGGGUAAUCGAAAAACCAGCAGUGUUGUCAUGUAUGCGGCUAAUCCCGUUGGAUGAAUAGAAAAACAAAUGAUGGGAAUGACGAUGAAAAUGACGCACAGUCAAGGAAGAAGCCAAAUAAGAUUUUGUGAUAUUUUUUGCUAAUACCAAGGCUUUAGAGGCUUUUCAUGUCAUCGAAGACGGCCAAGUCAAUGACGUGGCACCAUGAUGGACGAACCAAUGAUGGAUUACUAAGGCAUCCGGUAGAUUCUACAGCUUGGAAAUCAUUUGAAAGUAAAUUUCCAAGCUUUGCAAGCGAUCCUAGGAGUGUGAGGCUUGGGCCAGCAUCUGAUGGAUUUAAUCCUUACAAGAUCAUGAGCACUGCAUACAGUACCUGGCCUGUAGUGCUUGUUCCUUACAAUUUACCUCCGUGGAUUUGCAUGAAGCAAUCUUCCCUUAUCUUAUCUAUGAUUAUUCCUAGAGAGAAAGGUCUCGGGAAUGACAUCGACAUUUAUUUACAGCCACUUAUUGAGGAGUUAAAACAAUUAUGGGCUGGUGUUGAGACAUACGAUGUACUAAGAAAGGAGAACUUCAAUUUGCGUUCAGCUUUGAUGUGGACUAUUAAUGACUUCCCCGCUUAUGCAAAUUUAUCUGGUUGGAGUACCAAGGGUCGUUAUGCUUGUCCUUGUUGUGCUUCGCAAACAUGUUUGCAAUGAUUAUAUAAUGGGAAGAAGUUCUCUAACAUGGGACAUCGUCGGUGGUUAUCAAAAAAUCAUAGAUUUAGAUUUCAGAGUUCUGUAUUUGACGGUACUGAAGAGUUAAGAGAAGCUCCUUCGCAGACCAGUGGAUCUUAAAUCUUGUUCAUGUUGGAAGAUAUGAAUUUUAAUUAUGGGAAGAUGAACCAACUGCCAAACACGUAACAAAAUAGGAGAUCAAAUGAUGAAGCUGAUGAUGACUCUGAUGAAGAGGAUGAUCCUAAUGAGGUGGAACUGUGGAAAAAAAGAAGUAUUUUUUUGAGUUGUCUUAUUGGGAUCAUCAACUUUUACAACACAAUCUUAAUGUCAUGCACAUUGAGAAAAAUGUUUGCGAGAACAUUAUCGGUACAAUUUUGAAUGUCGAUUGCAAGAACAUUAUCGGUAUAAUUUUGAAUGUCAAUGGAAAAUCAAAAGACAAUCUUCAGAGUCGACUUAAUUUAGUCAACAUGGGAAUUCGACCUAAUAUUUAUCCCCAACCACUUCCGAAUGGGAAAUAUCAGUUGUCGCCUUCUAUUUUUUCAAUGUUGAAGACGGAAAAAAAGUGUUUUGCAUGGUGUUGAAGGACAUAAAGGUUCCAGAUGCGUAUGCAUCAAAUAUAUCUUGAUGUGUUAGUAUUAAAGAUCGAAGACUAUAUUCCUUAAAAUCACAUGACUAUCACUUCUUGAUGCAAGAUUUGCUGCCAGUUGCUCUACGAUGCAACUUGGAGAAAAUCUUCCCACCUUUCUUCUUCACAAUUAUGGUGCACUUGGUAAUCCAUCUCCUUCAUAAAGCAAUACUUCGUGGACCCAUUUUCUAUCGAUCCCAUAGAAAUGUGUUAAUUUCUUUGUAAAAUUUUCCUUCAUUCACCUAUAAGCCUUAAGUUACAAUUUUUGAUAAUGUUGUACAUCGUGCAUGUUUAGGUUCCUAUCCAAAUUGAAGUCUUACUGCCGCAACAAGCGUUAUCCAGAAGGAUCGAUUGCUGAAGGCUACUUGGCUAAGGAAUGUAUGGCAUUCUGUUCAAGAUAUUUGGAAGAUGUUGAAACAAGGUUGAAUAGACCAAGUAGAAAUGCUGAACUCACUGAUAACUUCACUGAUACUUAUUUAUUUAAAAUUUUUAAAGAAUCAAUCGGCAAAGUUGAAAUUGAAGAAUUA